AUGGUGCGCGACGCGUGGGUGUUCUUCACGGGGCGGGGGGACUCGGAGCUGGCGCGACAGACGAAAAGAUUGCAGUUCGAAGCCGCUAAGCUGAGGGCCCUGCGGGUGGCACAGCAGCAGGUGGUGGAGGAAACGGCAUUGGAGCAUGUGAGGCGAGUGGUGGGGGAGAUGCAGCAGCUGAAGCAGCAGCUCGAUGGCAUGGAGGAGGCCGCAAAGGCUCUGGCUGAGAGUGUAGCGGAGCAGGCUAAAGCGAGGAUGCAGCAGGAGGAGGAGGAGGAUGACAG